UGGAUUGCGCCUGCGCAGACAGACGUGGCAGCGGCAUCAUGGCUUCUGGGAACCGAUACGGGAGACAUAGGAUACAGAUCGAAAUGUUCAUUUUAUUAACGUUGGUUACAGUGUUAUCUGCUCUGCAGGCAGUAAAAGUGUCUCCACUCAUAGAAAAAGUCAAUGAUCACAAGGAUUUCAAGAAACUUCUCAGGACCCGAACUAAUGUUCUUGUCCUGUAUACUAAGUCAGCUACGUCUGGAGAUGCCUAUCUGAAGCUUCUGUCUGAUGUUGCCCAGGCCGUGAAAGGUCAGGGCACCAUCGCCUGGGUGAAUUGUGGAGAUUCAGAAGGCCGUAAACUCUGUAAAAAAGUCAAGGUAGACCCCAGCUCGAAAACCAAAGGAGUCGAAGUCCUGCAUUACAAGGAUGGGACCUUUCACAUCGAAUACAACAGACCAGCCACAUUUAAGUCCAUGGUGGCUUUCCUGAAAGACCCUGCAGGUGCCCCCUUAUGGGAGGAGAACCCUGAGGCUAAAGACGUUGUUCACGUUGAGACAGAAAAGGACUUUCGUAAACUUCUAAAGAGAGAAGAGCGGCCCAUCCUCAUGAUGUUUUACGCCCCAUGGUGUGGGGUGUGUAAAAGGAUGCAGCCCAUUUUUCAACAAGCAGCCACUGAGACGAAAGGAAAAUUUGUGCUGGCAGGGAUGAACGUGCAUCCGGCGGAGUUUGACGGGUUGAAGCAGGAGUUUUCCGUCAAGGGCUACCCAACCUUCUGCUACUUUGAGAAGGGAAAGUUCUUGCAUCACUAUGAGAAUUACGGAGCUACAUCCAAAGACAUCGCUGACUGGUUGAAAAAUCCCCAACCUCCACAACCUAAAACUCCAGAGGUACCUUGGUCAGAGUCAGAUUCUGCGGUUUUCCAUUUGACCGAUGAGACCUUCGACACAUUCCUAGAGGAGCAUCCUUCUGCCUUGGUCAUGUUUUACGCCCCUUGGUGUGGACACUGUAAGAAGAUGAAGCCAGAAUAUGAUGAAGCUGCUGAGAUCCUCAACAAAAAUCCAGAUAGUCCAGGUGUAUUGGCAGCAGUGGACGCCACCAUUCACAAGUCUGUAGGAGAGCGCUUUAAAAUCUCAGGCUUCCCUACGGUGAAGUACUUUGAAAAGGGGGAGGAGAAGUACACACUUCCUCAUCUGCGAAGCAAAGAAAAGAUCAUCGAGUGGCUGCAAAAUCCCCAGGCCCCACCGCCUCCAGAAAAGUCAUGGGAGGAGACACCGUCCAGCGUGAGCCAUCUAGGUGCUGAAGAUUUCAGGGAAUCUCUGAAAAAGAAGAAACAUGCCCUUGUCAUGUUUUAUGCUCCGUGGUGCCCGCACUGCAAGAACGCUGUCCCUCAUUUCACGACAGCAGCCGAGCUUUUCAAAGAGGACCGCAAGAUUGCGUACGCUGCAGUGGACUGCACAAAGGGACAGAACCAUGAGCUGUGCAAACAGGAAGGGGUUGAGGGUUACCCAACAUUCAGCUAUUAUAACUACGGCAAAUUCAGUGAGAAAUACAAUGGGGAAAGAGGGGAAGCCGGUUUCACAGGUUUCAUGAGAAAUCUCAGGGGCCGGGACCAGGAGAAAGUGGGAAAGCGGAAGGAUGAGCUUUAAUCGUGUGGGUGUGGUCAUGUCCAUGGGGGGAGUCUAUCAUUGCACUGUGACUUGGGCAGGAACAUCCCAGCACUGACGCCACAGACUUGAAAACCUCAGCUAAAACGCUAUUUUUUAUAUAUAACGGUGCCCUUAUGUUUGUAAUACCAAUGUACAACCAUCAAAAACUUUAGAGUUUGCUUUUUGUCUUAGUUUUUUUUUAUUAUUUCUUCAUGUUUUGUGAAAUUGUUCCCAAAUACUGUGACUUAAGUUACUGUAAUCUACAUACACCUGAAAUCUAUGCAAUACUGGACCCUCGUUCCCCAGGGUCUCGUACGUGUGAUGGUGACUUGUGUUAAUGGGGAAAGCCGGUUAUCAGCGGGACGCAUUGUCUUUACUCCCAUUCCAGUUAAGAGACAUAAUGUGUACAAUCGUAUCUGCAAAUAUUUUUGUAUAAAAGAAAAAAUCUGGAAAAAUGCUGACAUAAUGGCUUUUGGAGAAAGUUGUUGUAGCUCAACUUUGUGGCCUUAAAUGUUUGGAUAACUUUCAUCCAAACCGUGCAUUGCAUCUUUGACAAUUUUUUUGGUUUGAAAAUACUAGGGCCAAAAGGCAAAGCAAACACAUGUAUUCAAGCAAGUCGUUUUUUAUUGUAACUAAGUCAUGUUGAUGUGUGAGAAUAAAAUCAUAUGGGAAACUAGAAAAUGCCAAAAACAAAAGAUCUCAAUAAUAGUUUUCAAACAUUUCUU